UUUUACAUUCCUGUGUAUAAUCUGUGUCUUUUCUAACGUUCUGUAAAAUUACUCACUAAAUUCAACUGAUUAGAAAUAGAACUUUUUUUAGAUGAAAGUACUAAAGUUGGUCUUCAUCUCCUUCUGCACAGGAACGUUUAAGAUGCUAAUUACCGAUAGCUGUUAGCUAAUAUACACACAAUAUUUAAACAAGCUAUAAACUAUGUCCAGCAUGUUAGACAUUAAUACGUUAAUGUAAACAAGCUGUAAAUAAAAUGUAAGCUGGGGUAAAAUUAUAUACUGUAAUUAAUAAAAACAACAUAAGGCUCUGGGUUGUUGAUGGGAGGAUCGUGGUUCAAGCCCCGACACUGCCGAGCUGCCACAAGGCCCUAAACCCUCACUGCUCCAGGGGGUCUGUGUCAUAACUGCCCCUGUGCUCUGACACCAACCCCCUCAGUUGGGGUAGGUGAAGAACAGAAGUCCACUGUGCUGUUAUGUAGAUGUGGUGAUAAUAAAGGCUUCUGUGCCACAGUUCAGUUUCACUAAAUGCUAAAAUAAGCUGAGAUAAAUUACUGUAACUGAUUAAACAUGGUUAGCAUUAAAAGGUGAAGUUAACGAUUCCCUUUUUAUUUAGUGACACGUACGUGACAUUGUGACGUCCUGUCGUGUGUAAUAUCGAUCUGUCGAUGCUAGGCUAAUGAAUGCACACACUCAGUGUGUCAUCGUUUUCUCUCAGUGAGAAGAUAAGAACUGUCAGGACAAAUUCUGUGUUGAGUUUUUGAGCAGUUAACAGGAACGCAGAUAAACAACAGACUCCACGACACGAGAAAGAUGAAUAUGUACAGGAUCUUCUGUACAGAGCAUUACAGAGAAUUACAAUAAAUACAGAACAGUACUAAUUACUUAGUUGUAGAAGGAACAUACAAACCUCAUGCCUCUGAAUAAACUAGUCCAUGAUGCAGCCAUAUGACAUGUGAAUCAGGUCAAGUGUGAAAAGUCUCUUCAUUUCCUGACUCUGAAGUCUUUCUGCCUUCGUCUAACAUUCCGAGUCAGGGUCUGGGCCUCAGCUUGUGUUAUUUUAAAGUGUAUAUUCACGUCACAUCCCAGUGAUGAAGGGAAUUCUCUCUCACUGUUUCUGCAGGAUGGGGGACUGGAACUUUCUGGGAGGGAUCCUAGAGGAGGUUCAUAUCCACUCCACUAUGGUGGGAAAGAUCUGGCUCACUGUUCUCUUCAUCUUCCGUAUGCUUGUGCUCGGAGUUGCAGCUGAGGAUGUGUGGAACGACGAGCAGGUCGACUUCAUCUGCAACACUCAGCAGCCUGGCUGCAGAAACGUCUGCUACGACUGCGCCUUCCCCGUGUCCCUCAUCCGCUUCUGGGUGCUGCAGGUGAUAUUUGUCUCCUCACCGUCGCUCGUGUACAUGGGACAUGCAAUAUACCGACUGCGUGCACUAGAGAAGCAGCGGCACUGCAGGAAAGGAGCACUGCGACGUGAGCUCGAGGCUCUGGAGUCCAACCUGAUGGAGGCCCGUCGGCGUGUGGAGAGGGAACUGAGGCAGCUUGAGCAAGGAAAAUUAAACAAAGCACCACUGAGAGGCUCGUUAUUGCGCACUUACGUUGCUCACAUUAUAACCCGACUGUCACUGGAGGUCGGGUUCAUGCUGGGUCAGCACAUACUCUACGGGAACCAUCUGGAACCACUGUACAGAUGCGAUCAGGACCCAUGUCCAAACUCAGUUGACUGCUUUGUGUCUCGGCCAACAGAAAAAAGCAUGUUCAUGGUAUUUAUGCAGGUCAUCGCGGCUGUUUCGCUGUUUCUCAGCCUGCUAGAAAUUGUGCAUUUGGGAUACAAGAACGUAAAAAGAGGAAUUGUGGAUUAUUUCACUCAUGUUAAGGACGAUUUGGAUGAUUACUGUGGAGGCAAACUGAAAAAGAACUCCGUGAUACAGCCGGUUUGUGUGAGCCAGGGACGCAAAGCCACCGUCCCAUCUGCUCCAACUGGAGGAUACAUGCUCCUGUUGGAAAAAAAACAAGCUAAUGGCCCAUCUUUACCCCCUCUUAUUGCUUCUUCAUCAAUGUUCCUUCAGAGUGGGGCAAAAAGAGGACUGGAUGGGCAAAAUGAGGGCAAAGACAGUGUUCUGAGUUUAACCGAGCACUCAAGCAGUUGCACCAACUCUCCUCACGAAUACAAACAGCUAGGGACUGAGAACUCCACAUACCCAGCACUUCCUCCCCCAGACCCAACUCCCUGUCCCACUACCUCCCCAAGCGGUGCCUGUAAAAUGCAGCACAUCAGCAGCAGGGUAAUGGAGGGAAACAUGCAUCAGUAUGAUCUUACAGCAAAACACAAAUGUCAGUCUAAAUCACAGUCAGUGUGUGACGUAAGCGCCGAUUCACGCCGAAGCCCCGCCCUCUCACCGAACCGGCGUACCUCAUUGGUCAGCACUGUAAGCAGCAGGAGAGCUACAGAUCUUCAGAUCUGAAAACCACCUCAAACCGUCCACAUUUAAUAUAAUACUGACAAAUAAAGCAUUACGUGUAUUACAGUUUGUAAUAUUUUCUCUUCCCCUUAUUUCCACACUUGUGUCAGUUAGGACAUGAUGUGACCCCAGACACUUUACACUGAACAUUGCAGAGGCAGAACAGACAUGUCGGAUUUAUUACUGUUCACACAAACAAGCACAUCAACUUGCUAAAUACUGACCCCUACAGGAAGGUUCAUAUUUUAUAAUUCUCUGUAUAUUUGCUUAAAAACACCACCUGGAUUCAGAGUAAUGGAUGUCUCAGGGUAAGUAGAGAGGUGGAUCUCCCAUCAUACCUAGUGCCUAGCGUACAAGGCUGUGGGGCAGUUUGAUGAUCUGGGGUCGUUUCAGUUACUCAGGUUUAGGAGCAUUGUUAUGUGCCCAAAAUAUGAGGUCAGCUGAUGACCUGAAUACUGAAUGACCAGGUUUUUCCAUCCAAGAUGACAAUAGCAGGAUUCAUCAAACUGUGAGAGGAUCAGAAAGCAUCAGACACCAUCGUCACACAUGGAUCGGACACCAGAGUCCAACCUUAACCCCACUGAGAGUAUAUGGGAUGUUCUGGAGAAGACUUCAUGCAGAUCAUAGAAAUGAAUGUAACUCUGGAUGGAAAUAAAUGUUGUGACGUUACAUAAGCUGCUCGAAACAACGUCACCACGAAUGUUUUCUGUAAUCAAAUAAUUGUGAGUGAAUAAAUGUCAUGUUUGGUCAGUUAGUGUUUUAUGUACUGAAAUAUGUGUGAUUUAUUCAGACUCUGACGCUCUUUAAUGAGGCGGCACAUUUACAUUGUUCAUGUGACAAACUGAAUAACUGUUCUGAUCUUAAAUUGGUUAUGUAAUGAACACUUUAUAACUGCCAUGUUGGCUGGUUAUUUAAUGACAUCAGAGUGUGAUUAUAAUUCUUUUUUAUAAACCACAAAAUCAACUGUGGCAACA